UCAGUAUACAUGUUUACUGUUUACAUUUACUCAGUUGAGUUGCCUCUGCAGGUGUUUGUGAUAUUGUCAUCAAUAUAUUCGUAUAAUGAAUACGGAAUGGUACCACAGAACACAUCUUUUCUGACGAUUAUAGAAAUAUUUUUGUCUCCUUUAUUCACAGAUGGAGAAACAUUGUCGUUGUGAAGUUCGGAGAUUCCCGUUGGAGUUCAUGCCUUCAAGGUUGCAGAAUCUUAAAUGCUACAUAUGGAAACCGAUUAUUAUACAGGCUAACCUACAUAAGGCAGACAUACUGGUGUGGAUGGACGCGUCUGUGAGGUUCUCCAACAAUAUCAUCAAACCCCUGCUAGAUGAUGCAGAGAGACGAGGCAUGGUCUUAGCCUCAGGUACAAACUCUGUGGGGCAGCAUACUCUACAGGUUACAAUGGACUACAUGAAGGAAGACGUCUGCACCCUAGCUCCAUUGUUUGAGCAUGAAGCAACAUUCAUCAUGUUUCACAAUAAGCAGUGGGUACGAGAGGCCGUUGUGAAACCAUGGGCAGUUUGUGCCGUGAGUGAUAAGUGCAUGUGUCCUCGGGAUCCAGAAUACGAUACCUACUGUAACGUGCACAUCCACAAGUACAAGAAGUGUCAUCGUUAUGACCAAACUGCAAUAAACAUCAUACUCGCCAAGCUUUUUCGGGACCACACAAGUAGUUUUCUUUCGCUAUGCUACGACUAUGUCAGUUUACUGCGUGGUGAUACGUAUCGGUAUUUUGAUGAACUUGAGGAAUGGCAAGCAGUGCCAGCUGGUCGUCGCCCUUGA